AUGAGGCCCAUUCUGUUGGCAGGGCACGAGCGUGCUCUCACCCAGAUUCGAUUCAACCGCGAUGGCGACCUCAUCUUCUCCACCUCCAAGGACCAGCAGAUCUGCGCCUGGUUCUCCCACAACGGCGAGCGCCUCGGCACCUACCACGGCCACCAGGGUGCCAUCUGGACCGUCGAUGUCGACCCGACCGACACCAUGAUCGCCAGCGGCUCCGCCGACAACACCAUCCGCCUCUGGGACAUCAAGAGCGGCAAGUGCCUGCACACGUGGGAGUUCCCCACGGCCGUCAAGCGCGUCGAGUUCAACGAGGACGGCACCAAGCUGCUCGGCGUCACCGAGAAGCGCAUGGGCCACCUCGGCACCAUCGUCGUCCUCGACAUCAACCUCGACCCCGAGGCCGAGCAGAGCGACGAGAAGGCCAUGACCAUCGUCUGCGACGAGUCCAAGGCCACCGUCGCCGGCUGGAGCUACCUGACCAAGUACAUCAUUGCCGGCCACGAGGACGGUUCCGUCUCGCAAUACGACGCAAAGACCGGCGACCUGAUCUACAACAUCCAAAUCCACGACCUGGGCUCCCCCAUCACCGACAUCCAGUGGUCGCAAGACCGGACCUACUUCAUCACCGCCUCCAAGGACAAGAGCGCCAAGCUCAUCACCGCCCGCGACCUCGAGGUCCUCAAGACCUACGUUGCCGAUACCCCUCUCAACAGCGCCGCCAUCACCCCCAAGAAGGAGUUUGUCAUCCUCGGAGGUGGCCAGGCCGCCAUGGAUGUCACGACGACGUCGGCGAGGCAGGGUCGUUUCGAGGCCAGGUUCUACCACAAGAUCUUUGAGGAGGAGAUUGGCCGUGUCAGGGGUCACUUCGGUCCUCUGAACACUGUUGCUGCUGACCCUACGGGCCGGGGCUACGCGAGUGGUGGUGAGGACGGUUACGUCAGAGUGCACUUCUUCGACAAGGGCUACUUCGACUUCAUGUACGAGGUUGAGAGGGAACGGGCAAACAGGAUGGCAUGA